CUGUUUGGUUAGCACCAUGUGACGAGAGAGAGUCCCCUAUUCUGUUAGUACCCCGUGGUAUUCAACGUGCCGCUGCCCUAGUCAACAGCCUAUCCCGCCGGAUUUGACAUGUCUGAUCCAUCCGCUCCAUGGUUUCGCCUCAUCGUUGUCGACGCCUGUCGGUUACACGUUCUUCGGAAAUUCCCAACACGUUCUCCGCCGCUGUACGCCCUGGUCCGGGUGCUGUUCGAGUUAGGGUGGAGAGAGAAGGAGGGCACAGAGAAGGAGGGCACAGAGAAGGAGGGCACAGAGAAGGAGGGCACAGAGAAGGAGGGCACAGAGAAGGAGGGCACAGAGAAGGAGGGCACAGGGGCGGAGGGGGAGGGCGGGAGGGAGUGUGAGAAGGUUGGGGCCGUGAGAGGGCGAAGGGCGUGAGAAGGCGCAGGGCGUGAGAGGGUGGGCGGUUGGAGAGGAUAGCGGACGAGAGGGGGCAAGAAGGGGAGGCAGUGGGAGACAGCGGGGAGAGAGGUGCAGGGGAAGAGACUGAGAAGGAAAUCGAGGGAGAGGAUGGUCUCUUUAUAGUUGUGGUUGAUUACGCUCCUGAAUCAUAACCAGGUAACUUGAGCUUGAUUU